AUGAACCGCUCUGCCUCUUGGUGCUCAGCUGAACAGCAGGACACAGCCGGUGCCUCCUGUAGAAGCGUCUUUUUGUUUAAUCCUAUGGGAGGAAACCAGGUACCUGCAGCAUCGACAAUGAAGAUGAUGGGUCCUGGAGGACAGCAACAGCAACAACAGCAGCAGAUGUGGGCGAACAAAGUUAAGGGUAGACUCAAAGGCUUUAUUCUUUGGCACUAGAAUGAAACUUCCUUGUUCAUCAUUUCGCAAUAGUGUGACAGUCCUCGUGAAGAGAACUUUACUCUUGACAGAUUGACUGACGUACCAGUAGUGAUCAUUUCAUCAUCUGGCACUUCUACUUCCUUGUGCACUAUUCUCUUUUAGAAAUAAGUACUUUCUCUUGUUCUAAUAAUCCCUACAAUCCAACAAGUUGCAAAGGUGGGUUUCUCCUUCAGCCAUCGAGGGGCGCAAAUCCACCUACAGUAGAAGCAGAAGCGGUAGAAGCAGAAGCGGUAUUAGUAGAGCAAGACAGUGAUCCACAAUUUGUUGAUCCACAACAUCUUCA